ACAAGGAAAAGUAUAUUUAUUAUGAUUUUCCUGGUGUUGUGUUGUGUGCUGUGUUGAGGCUGGUGGCUUAGGAAGGUUGUUUUCCAUCAUGAAGUCACCGAAAACGUACUAUAGAUGGAUCCUGGUUGUGGUUGUGGUGAUUUUAGUAAGUGCCGGCCCUGUGGACAACCACCUCGUGAAGAUCAAUCUUACCGUGGUUCACCCCGAUGAGACCAUUCAGAGGAAAAUGUUGGACAUUGACGACCGGAGCUUCGCCGCCAUUGGUUUCACCUACGAUCAAGUCAGUGCGGGAUACGCCGUUGAAGACGAACAAGGCAAGAUCCAAGAGCUAGUGGUCGAGAACAAACACAUACCAGUGCAGUUUGGUCUACAGAAAGCCAGUGAGCUCUUCAGCUUCAGCUUUGUUACCAUUAACAACACAUACUGGACAGUCAACCUUAAAAAUUUCACUGAUAUUUCUGUUGAAGACUUUGAUGAUGAUGAAACUCUGAAACCUGUAGAGGUGAAAUUGGAUUGGUCCCUUCCCAAGACAGACAGUGCCCAGGCCUUGACAAUGAUCCUCACAUCUGCUGUCCAUCAUCAUCAUUCCAUGAUAUGGUUGCAACACAAUGAGUCUAGCAGCACAGUGCAGCAGCCAAGCCCAGGUGCUUUCAUCUCCUUGAGGGUGGUAAAUCUCCAUACCCAGCAGACCACUUUACUCACAGAUUUCAACACAGAUCUGGUUGAACUGGAUCUGAUAGAGACCCUUGGAGAGCUGAGGGAGGGACGGGUGGCACUUCUAACUGCACAUUCUGGUUUUUUAAGUUUCCUUGGAGAAGCUGUCAAGGAAUCUCUCACUUCCAUGGGAUCCUUCAUGGCAGAACACUUCACGUCACGAAGCACAUGGGCCUGGGCAUGGCUUGUGAAUGGGCCAGUACUAGCUGAAAGUCUGGUAACCAAUACCAUGGGUGCUGGCCAUGGGAUGCUGGUGCCACCCCUGCACUUUGAAGUGGCAUUACCAUCCCCAAACUUGACAGAUCAGCCACUUUGUAGCCAGUGGCCAGAUUCUUAAAAAAGGCAGCAGUUUUGUGAACUCUAUGAUGGAUAUGAUGACUUAUGUUCUUGUUCAACACCAUUCAUUCUCCCCAAUCCAGACAACAUCCCUAAACCUGACAUGUGGCAUGAAGUGCUUGGUGUGGUAAUAGUGGCCAGCAGUCGCCCACGUUACCUGUAUAGAUUACUUCGACAAUUGACUAGUCAAGCUGGGAUGGACCCUGAUCAGAUCCUGGUGUCAGUAGAUGGACCUGAACACCUUGAAAUGAUUAAGUUAGUAGAUCUUCUGGGCCUCAAAUAUCAGAUACAUCAACCUGAAGGCAAGCUUUCUCCACGCAUUUCCAGACAUUUGAGAUUUGCUCUAUUUAGAGCACUGAAGGUUCUCAGUGUGGACAAAUUCAUCAUUCUUGAAGAGGACCUCAUUCUUGCCCCAGAUUUCAUUAUGUACAUGCAGCAGACAUCAGUACUACUUGAUGAAGACCCGACCCUUUAUUGUGUCUCUGCUUUUUCUCACUUUUCGUUUAAUCACACUGCUAGUGAUCUGACUAAGCUGAACCGUGUCCACUCAUUUCCUGCAUAUGGCUGGAUGGUCAAAAGGAGCUUUCUGAAAGAGACUUUGCCUAAAUGGCCUCCAGUAUUUGUGGCUGUGGAUUGGGACUAUUGGAUGGGCACAGACAUUGUACGAAUGGGCCGUGAAGUUGUGGUGCCAGAGGUGUCACGUGCAGCUCACUCAGGGGUAACAGGAGCUCAUUUCUCAAGUUCUAGGGCAAAGGAUAUGUUUUUGAGGAGGGCCCUUUCUAGCCACAGUGAUACUUGCUUGAAUAUCACCAUGAUGAAGAAAAGAGAUUAUGAAGAAGAAAUUAAAGAACUCUUGGUCUCAGCAACACCUCUCAACAUUACUCAUCUGUUUAGCUUUCAUUUCCCUAAAGAGGGUGGAGUCUUUGCUGUCUGUGUUCACAUGCAGAAUAUUUAUGACACUGCUGCCUUUAGACUGCUCACUCAGUAUCUUGGAGUGUGGAGCCAAGAUGCCCGGGAGGGUCACUUUGGUUUGUGGAGGCUCCCUUAUUACCAUUCCCUCAUCCUUAUUGUGGGAGUGCCCUAUUCCAAGUACAGGCAUGGCUAUCUCAAGGAAGAGUGCCCAGUCUUGAGGACAACACCAGCCAUGGCAGCAUUUCUGGACUAUGACUUUCUACCAACAAGGGAAAUGGUGUAUGUGUCUGAAGAUUUCCAUAGUAUUUUAGGACUUCCUGUUGACUCUGAAGGAAAAGAGACUGCUCUUUAUUAUGAUGAUUACAUUGAUGAUUUAUCUCAAACGGAGAGCUGGGAAAAUGUAUCACAUAUCAGUAUGUUACCAAUUGUAGAUAUGAGCCAAGACAACAUUAAUUUAACUGGGGCUUCAACAGCUAUGUACUCUGAGAAUGAUCUGGUUCCACGCAAUGCCAGUAGUCCCUCCACUCAUGACAUGAAAGAUAAUCAUACUACUGUUUUUGGUGACAACUCAACCUCUCUCAACACAGAUGAUGAUUAAACAUCUUUUUUCACUACAAGUUCAGCGCUGCAGUAGUUUGAGCUGAAUAGAGAGGUGGGAGGUAAUAUAGAAACAGUAAAAAAAAAUAAUAGUAUUAUAAAUAAGGAUAAAAUAAAUAAUUAUGUAAAGGAUCAUUAUUACUUUACCAAACUUAUUGUUGCAGAUGUAUUAUUGUAGAUCACAGUUGACAGUAAUACAUAUAUGUAAUACAUGUCUGAAUACAUGUAGCUAUAUUAAGAAUUGUUUUCUUAGCCACAAUACACUGUGUAUACAUACAGGGUCUGAUAUUCUCUCUCUCUCUCUC